UAUUCCACGUCCUCCUCUCCAGGACUCCUUGAAACUGUGACCUCGGUGCUGCUGCACCCAAGCAUGGCAGCUCGUUUGGCCGCUGCAUGGUGCUUGCGCUGUGUCGCCGUGGCUCUGCCAUAUCAGUUGACUCCGCUGCUGGACCGCUGUGCAGAGAGAAUCAACAACCUGAAGAGUUCACCUGAGGCUGUGAGCGGCUACAGCUUUGCGAUGGCUGCUCUGCUGGGAGGCGUGCACCAAUGUCCGCUGGGUAUCCCCCACUCCAAGGGCAAGUUGGUAGUGAGUAUCGCUGAAGACCUCCUGAGGACGGCUGCUCAGAAUAGUCGACUGUCCCUGCAGCGCACACAGGCUGGAUGGCUGCUGCUGGGUGCCCUUAUGACUUUGGGUCCCUCCCUUGUGCGCUAUCACCUUCCCAAGAUGCUGCUGUUGUGGAGGAACGUGUUUCCUCGCUCCCAGAAGGAGCUGGAAGCUGAGAAGGCCAGAGGAGACUCCUUCACCUGGCAGGUCACAUUGGAGGGCAGAGCUGGAGCACUGUGUGCCAUGCGUAGCUUUGUGGCCCACUGUCCCGAGCUGCUCACAGAAGAUGUGAUCCGUAGACUGAUGACUCCCAUUGAAUGUGCAAUGACCAUGAUGUCACAUGUCCCUGCCAUCAUCAAGGUCCAUGGUGCUCACCUGAAAGCAAGUGCAGCAAUGGUGAGGCUCCGGUUGUACGACAUCCUGGCUCUGUUGCCUCCCAAGACUUAUGAAGGAAGCUUCAAUGCCCUCCUGAGAGAGCUGGUGGCAGAGUUCACUUUGACUGACAACUCUGCCAACACUACAACCUCCUUGCUGCGCUCUCUCUGUCACUAUGAUGACAGUGUGCUCAUGGGUUCCUGGCUACAGGAGACUGACCACAAGUGCAUUGAGGAUCAGCUACAGCCCAACAGCGCGUCUGGCAGCGGAGCUCUGGAACACGAUCCCUCCUCCAUCUACUUGCGUGUUCCUGUUGGCGAGGCCAUCCCAGGACCUCUCCCUUUGGGUGUGUCCGUCAUUGACGCUUCGGUGGCUCUGUUCGGUGUGGUUUUCCCUCACGUCUCCUUCAAACACAGGCUGCAGAUGCUGGACCACUUUGCAGAGUGCAUAAAGCAGGCUAAAGGAGUUCGACAGCAGGCAGUCCAGCUGAACAUCUUUACUGCAGUGCUUAGUGCCCUCAAGGGUUUGGCUGAGAACAAAAGUACUCUGGGUCCUGAGGAGGUGCGUAAGUCGGCCCUGGCCCUGGUGAUGGGAGCGUUGGACAAUCCCAACCCCAUUCUGCGUUGUGCUGCUGGAGAGGCCCUGGGCAGGAUGGCUCAGGUGGUGGGCGAGGCUACUUUCAUCGCCAGAAUGGCACAGACCAGCUUUGAUAAACUGAAGUCGGCCCGUGAUGUAGUAUCAAGGACAGGCCAUUCACUGGCUCUCGGCUGUCUGCAUCGAUAUGUUGGAGGAAUUGGCUCAGGCCAGCACUUAAAGACCAGUGUCAGCAUCCUAUUGGCUCUGGCCCAGGAUGGCUCCUCUCAUGAGGUCCAGACAUGGGCUCUGCACUCUCUGGCUCUGAUCGUGGAUUCUAGCGGUCCCAUGUACAGAGGCUACGUGGAGCCGACACUCUCUCUGGUACUCACCCUGCUCCUCACAGUGCCACCGUCUCACACAGAGGUGCACCAGUGUUUGGGGCGCUGCCUGGGAGCACUCAUCACCACUGUGGGACCAGAAUUACAGGGAAAUGGAGCCACUAUCUCCACCAUCCGCUCGUCCUGCCUGGUUGGUUGUGCCAUCAUGCAGGAUCACUCUGACUCCCUUGUGCAGGCAGCUGCCAUCUCAUGUUUGCAGCAGCUGCACAUGUUCGCUCCACGCCAUGUUAACUUGUCCAGCCUGGUGCCCUGUCUCUGUGUCCACCUGUGCAGCUCUCACCUGUUACUGCGCCGUGCUGCCGUGGCUUGCCUGAGGCAGCUCGCUCAGAGAGAGGCUGCAGAGGUCUGUGAGUAUGCCAUGAGUCUGGCGAAGAGAGCAGGAGACAACACUACAAUCAAUCUGAACAUCACAGAAACCGGUCUCGAGGGCGUUCUGUUUGGCAUGCUGGAUCGGGAGACAGACAGGAAGCUGUGUUCUGAUAUCCAUGACACACUGGGCCACAUGCUGUCGUCUCUUGCUGUGGAAAAGCUUUCUCAUUGGCUGAAACUUUGCAAGGAUGUCCUGGCAGCAACUACAGAUGUAGGAGGAGCCGUUGUAUUUGAGGUGGAAAAGGAUGAGGAAGACUCUGAGAAAAAAGACGAGAUGGACGACGACACCAUGUUCACAGGCCUGGGUGAAGAUGACAAGUCCAAGCCCUCCGUAGCGCCGCGCUGGGUGACACGGGUAUUUGCCGCGGACUGCUUGUGCCGCAUCAUCCUGCUGUGUGAGAAUGACAAAGCGCACUUUGACCUGGCAGCUGCACGUUCUGCACAAGCCAAGAACCCCAAAGGAGAUCAAUUGGUGCUCCAUUUGUCUGACCUCAUCCGAAUGGCCUUCAUGGCAGCCACAGACCACAGUAACCAGCUGAGGAUGGCUGGCCUGCAGGCCCUGGAAGACAUCAUUAAAAAGUUUGCUUCCGUACCAGAACCCGAGUUUCCAGGGCACGUUAUCCUGGAACAAUACCAGGCCAAUGUCGGAGCUGCCCUCAGACCUGCAUUUUCACCUGAUACACCAUCUGACAUCACAGCUAAGGCAUGCCAGGUGUGCAGUACAUGGAUUGGCAGUGGCGUAGUCAGUGACCUUAAUGACCUACGGCGAGUCCACAACCUGCUUGUGUCGUCGCUGGACAAAGUGCAGGCUGGAAAGGGCUCAUCCAGUCAGCUGUACAGUGAGAGUGCCACCACGAUGGAGAAGCUGGCUGUGCUGAAGGCAUGGGCUGAGGUUUAUGUGGUGGCGAUGAAGAUCAAGAAAGAGGCAGAGUCCAAGCCUGCCAAACCAGUCCGAACUGGAGAUGAGGACGAGGAUGACGAGGAUCUGGGUGCCGACGUGCUUCCGCCCGACAGCCUCAUCAUUUUGGUGCAGCCAGAGCUGCCCUCGCUGAGCCGCCUGUGGCUGGCCAUGCUGCGAGACUACGCUCUGCUCACUCUGCCCGCUGAGUUUUCCAGCCUGCUGCCUCCUGACGGUGGAGCGUUUUAUACUCCAGAGACUAUAGACACAGCAAGGCUCCACUAUCGGAGCUCGUGGGCCCCUGUACUGCACGCUGUGGCCCUAUGGCUUAGCAGCACUGGGUUCGGAGCUGAUGAAGAGAAAGAAGAAGUCCCCUCAGCUGUCUCCAAGGCUCCUGCCAUCCCUCCAGCAGCCUCCUCCACCACAAAGACUUUCGAGGAGUCGGUCAAAGACAGGAUGCAUCUGAUGUUGGGUGUCAGUAUAGAGUUUCUUUGCUUCCCCCGGCCCGAGGAGCCCAUCGAACAUGUGAUGUCCUGCCUGCGCGCUCUUUUCACUCUGCUAGAAUCUCCAUGUGCUAAGCACCAUAUUGCAGAGGACCAGCUGCUGGCAGUGGAGCUCCUGAACGUGCUUCACAGGCUGCUGUUGACCCGGGAUCCUCCGGCUGUACAGCUCCAGGUCACUGCUGUCGUACAGGAGACCAUCAGGGCUGCGCAAGACCAUCUGCAGCGACAGAAGACCAGCAAGGGCAAAGAGGAAGAAGGCGAGAAAGAUUCUCAGCCCAGCCUUGGGGAAGGAGGAGACACAGGGGAGCUCGUCCCCGGCAAGUCUCUGGUGUAUGCAGCCAUGGAGCUGCUUGUGUUCAUCCUGGUCCGCCACUUGCCACAGCUUAACACACGUGUGAAGGAGUCACCCAGCCAUGUGCCACUCAGGCCUCAGCGACUACCAGAGGAAAGUGCCCUACUGGUGGCAAACACUGUUUCCAUCCUGGCAGAACUCCCCUCGCUCUGCUCUCCUGCUGGAAGCAUGACCAUCCUGCCCACGGUGCUCUUCCUAAUCACGGGUGUGCUGAGGGAAACUGCAGUUAAGACUACUGACAAUUCGGUGCCUGUGACUGUGUCAGCUGCCCUGCAGGGCAUCAAGACCAUCAUCACCUCCCCUCUGGCCCGGGUGGAGAGCAUGCAGACACAGUGGACCGGCCUUGUGAGGAGCAGCCUGGCGUCUGUACUCGAGCACUCACAGCCAGAUGAGUCCAGGCCUGACAUGGAUGAGGUCAGCAUGUUAACAGCGAUCACACUCUUCCUGCUGUCAGCCAGCAAUGAACUUGUAGGAGUCACCGUCCUGCAGAAGGGCUGCAUGGACCGCUUCCGAAAUGCCCUCAACUCUAGUGAUCCCUGGGUUCAAGCACGAUGUUACCAGCUGCUGUUGUCAGUGUUUCAGCAUUCCAGCCGUGCCCUCUCUACUCCGUACAUCCACGUUCUUGCUCCACUCAUGGUGGAGAAGCUGAAGGCAGUGGAGCGCAGUCGGCCAGGGACUGCUGCCGAGCUGCAGGCUGUGCAGGAGGGCAUCAGGGUCUUAGAGAAUCUGGUUGGCAUGGGUGAAGAGCAGAACCGGGUGCAGUUGCUGGCUCUUCUUGUACCAACUCUCGUCUCCUACCUUCUGGAUGAAAAUGCCAUCUCCUCUGCGCCCCAAGUCUCCAAAGGCCUGCAUGAUUUCGCCCUUCAGAACUUAAUGCGGAUUGGCCCCCUCUAUCCAGCUGCCUUCAAGAUAGUAAUUGGUGCAGCACCUGAGCUUAAAAUCCGUUUGGAAUCUGCUAUACGGGCCAACCAGGCCAGCAGCAGAGCCAAAGCUGCAGCCAGGCAAGCUCAGCCGACUGUGCAGGCUGCACCGACCAUCAAACUCAAGAAGAGCUUCUUCUGAACUCUCCAAAAUGCACUGCACACUCUCACAGCCUGAAUUAAUGUUAUUGUUUUAGGUCUGUUUUGUUGUCUGUCAACAGAGAACCACAUGUCAUGUCUGCGUCAGCCACAGUUUAUGAAGUGUAUUUAUUUAUUCUACAUCUCAUUUUUGUUUUUGAUGGAUGAGAACUUCUCUUUAAGUCAAGAAGGAAAUUAUGUAAAUAUUAAAAAGCUUUUGAAUGUUAACUUUAAAAACAAAACUCACUUUAAAAUCUGUAGGAAAUUGUGUGAAUGUAUCAUUGCAUUUAUAAAGGGACACAAUUUACUUUUUUUGUCUGUUCGUAUCCCUCACUAUCCAAAAGCUGAUGUUUACUGUGCCACUUUUCUCUGUGAUAUUACAUCACUGUGAACAUGGCAGUUAUUAUUUGUUCCUUUUGAUUCCAAUCAUGCAUGUUUGUUUAAUGGACCUGGUUUAGUAUAUGACCUUAGGGUCUGCUGAUUGUUACAGAUGUUUUUUGGGUUGUUUUUUUUUUUUUUUUUAAGUUUUUUGUUUCCUUGUUUGAAGAGGCGAUUUUCUCUUAAAUUAUUCUGUAAACCUUCCUGCUACUUGUUCUUAAACACAACUGAGAAAAUCACCUUUUGAUUGUUAAUUUGAGCCUAGAAUGAGAUUUUAGUAGAGCCCUUUGAAUAAUAAAUGCAUUAUGUUUUCAACUUGUUUGGGGGCAGAAAUUGUAAUUCUCACAGAGACAGUUAAUUAGUCUGUUGAUAAAUGGGGGGGAUACUACAUCAUUUAAUUUAUGUGCUGCAUAUCAUACAGACGGUUGUGUUGCCAAUAACUGAUUUUUGAUCCAAAUCUGCUUAUGUGUAAUAGCUACAUGAGUGAGUGAGUGUCAGCUUCCUUCAUACAUUGGCAGAUUUGUUGAAAUGGCUAUGUUACACUGCACCUUCAUUUCUUUGAAAUGUGAAUAAAGUUACUUUGACCUCA